AUGGCCACCAUCCGCCGCAAAGCCUCGUUCUCCCAUCACGAGAAGGUGGGCGAUACCAUCCACGUUUGCCUCUCCGACACCAUUCACGUUCACGCGCCCAAACCUACAUGUAAGCGCCGACGCACAAAGAAACUGCCUUCGCUGAGGUCAAAGCCCCCAGUGUCAAUCACCUAUCCUCCACUGGACCCCAACACCGGCGCGCCUGUUCCUGAUCCGCUUCUUGACGAUGUUUACCGCCGUCAAACCCUAUCUGAGCUUGAGGAGGACCUUUCCAAAGCUAAUGCCGCAAGCACCACGGAGGAUGGCGGUUACUCCAUUCCCACCCACGGCCAACGUACCCAGCGCUUGCUUCAUUCUCUUCUCCAGAAUGCAUCGCACCCGAAGACCAAUUAUACACCCUCUAGCAACACAGACACCAACUCCGAUCCCAUUGAAGCGCUCUAUCUCAACCAAGCCCAAGCCACAGCCCUAAUCGAAUCUUCUCACUACGAUCCCAACGUACUUUUGAUCGUCCAAGAUAAGCGAUACUUCGAACCCACUCCCACCGUCUCCCUCCCAUUUACCAGCUCUCAAACCCAACCAAAACCGGAGGCCACAGCCGGGAGCAACACAGACCGACUCCAAUACCGGCCCAUCACCCUCUUCUUUGACCAUCUUCUCCCUACUCUCCACCGCCAAGUCUCCGUCCAGAUCCCCAGUCAACCGGUGACGGAGCCUUCGGGACAGCUGAGGACUUUGAGAUCGGUUCGCGCACGGUUUCACUCGGAGGACAUGGAUGCACACGAGGUACAUGAAAAGAUGAAUCAAAAGGAUGAUCCAUGGAAUGUCUUGGAUCUGUCGACGCCUAUACCAUCUACCACCCCUUCGUUUUUGCAAGGGCCGGGGAGUCAAAUGUUGAGAUAUAUCCGUUCGGAGGUGCUGAUGACUGCUGGGUCUUUUGGUUUUAUUUCUCCUCCAGCGUCUCCUAGGGUAGUUAAGUCGGGGUUGGUGACGCCGCCUGGGGAUGCGAGGAAGUAUACGCCUGUCCUUGAGGGGGGAAGCACUCCUGAGCUUGAGUCCACUGCUACUCCUGAACCCAACUCGAACACUCUGCUUUUUCCUAACCUUACCGUCAACAACCGUAACUUUACCCCCGAUCCCACUUUCAUUUCCACUCCCCCUCUCAACUCAAUACCCUCACCAGCUCCCGCACCAAACACACCACCAAACACAACCCCUUCCAAAAAGCGCGGCCGCCCUCCCAACUCCAAAUCCCACUCCAAAUCCCCAUCCCCCAAGAAACAACGAAUAACCGCCACGACGCCAGAAAAAAGAGCCGAACGCCUGCGCGCCUCCCCCUCUUCCUGGAGCGAGUGGACAAACGUGCAAUCCUGGUCCCUUCUCUCCCAAGGUGGCCACCACACCCCUCCGCACUGUGACGCCUUUGGUUUCGACACGUGGAUUACCGUCCAGGAGGGCAUGGUUGGGUUUGGGUGGUUAUCUACCGCGUCCUCUACCCCCGAAUCCAAAGCAGAGGUUUUUGGUGAGAGGGAAAAGUGGGCAGCAGAUCCGCACCAAUAUGCUGAAGGUCCAAGAUGGAGAUUUGUCAUCCUCAAGCCGAAGCAGACUGUGUUCUUUCCUAGCGGGACGGUGCACUUUGUUUUUCGGCUCAAGAGUCAGGAUAGUUUGAGUGUGGGUGGUCAUGUGUUGCGGUGGAAUGGGGUGGAGAGGUGGUUGGAAGUUGUGCUUGAGCAGAUGGGGAAUGGGGAGAUUACGAAUGAGGAUAUGGGGUGGGGGGCGGUGAGGAGGUAUGUGGAUGUUGUUGGGAGGUUAGUUGCUAGGAGGGAGAAGGAAGGAGGGGAGAAGAAGGUGGGGGAGGAGUGGGAGGUUUUGGUGAAGACGUUCAAGGACUUAUCGAAACGACGAAAAUGCCAAUAG